AGGCAGGGAAAGGGGGCUGCAGGAGAGGCAGGGAUAACCCACAGGCUUGGCCCUUGUGCAGCCCCCCGCGGUCCCCGGGUGUGACUCAGACAGGGCAGCUCGGGGGAGCAAGUGGCCCCUGGUGCCCGCACCCCCAGAUGCAGGUGGCACCUGGGCCGGGGCAGCCUGUCCUUCUGCUCAACCCAGGCCCUUUAUCCAAUGAUCCAAAGCAGCCAGGAUCCCUGCCCCCCACGUUCAUUCUGCUUGGGGCUGGAGCGAUGCUUGGGAAAUCAGAACCAGGGUCCCACACGGCACAGCCCUGGGGGUAGGGGAGACCCCGCUACCUCCUCGUGGGUGGCCAUGAACUGCAGCCAGGGCCCUGGGAGCCUCUGACAGCCCAGACCUCCCACGGCUGUGGUCAGAGGUCAGCAUUGCAAGGUGAUUACAAUAAUCCCAGGGGGCCAAACCUGGAGACCGUCUCCUUGGCCCGGCGUAGGGUGGGGAAGGCUCCCUUGCAGGACAGGAUGCACUGGCAGCCCCCAGCCGGGGGAAGACAAGGUCUCUCUCUCUCUGCCAUUGGCAGAGCACCCAUUGCCACAGCAUCUGGGCUGCCCCAGCCCUCACGACACCUCCUGCCCUGUGGCCCUGGCCUUGGGAUUUCCCCCCUCUGCCAGCAGAUUCUGCUUCAUCUCCCUGUGACGCUCCCAGGGGGCACAAAGUCCCUGCCAGCUGAGAAAGCGGGCCGGGCAGGGGUGAGACCGCGGGGAGGGCUGGCUGCCCCUGCCCCCCAGGCAGCUGGGCCUUUAAGAGUCUGGGUUCCACAUAAAAGGAGCUCUGCAGGGGGUGGGUCCUACUCUGGGAAGAUGGCUGCAGCUGAGAUGUCUGUGCAGGGGGGCGCGCUGCACCGGCGAGAGGAUCAGAGACGGCGAAAGGCCCAGAGGGAGGCGCUCGCUGCUGAAAUCUGGGACAAGCACCCCCUGCAGAACAGGUGGGCUCUCUGGUUCUUCAAGAAUGACAAGAGCAAGACGUGGCAGGCGAACCUGCGUCUGGUCACCAAGUUCAGCACCGCGGAGGAUUUCUGGGCGCUGUACAGCCACAUCCAGCUGGCCAGCAAGCUCACGUCAGGCUGCGACUACUCCCUCUUCAAGGACGGGAUCGAGCCCAUGUGGGAAGACAACCGGAACAAGCGGGGUGGGCGCUGGCUCAUCACGCUGGCCAAGCAGCAGAGACACACGGAGCUGGACCGCUUCUGGCUGGAGACGCUGCUGUGCCUGAUUGGCGAGACGUUCGGCCCCUACAGCGAGGACAUCUGUGGGGCCGUCAUCAACAUCCGGGCCAAGGGGGACAAGAUCGCAAUCUGGACCCGAGAGGCAGAGAACCGGGACGGGGUCACCCACAUUGGGCGGGUGUACAAGGAGCGCCUGGGGCUGUCCCACAAGGUGGUGAUCGGGUACCAGGCCCACGCGGACACGGCCACCAAGAGCGGCUCCCUCACCAAGAACAAGUUUGUGGUUGGUCUUGCUGUGGGGCCCAUGGACCCAACGACUGGAACCUCCAUAUCUACUUCAUCUGGAUGGACCCGAACCCCAGCAGGGAGCACUGUGGGGUGCCGUUCUCCCGCUGCCUUCAGGACCCUGCGGCUUCAGUUUGAAUCCAGAGUCUCCAGGUCUUGCUGUGUCAGGCUGUCUCUCGGUCCGGUGUGACUGAUCCUCCCUCAACUGCAG